AUGACUGGCUCCAAAGGACUAAAAUCAAGGGUUAUUGGUGAUGUUGUGCAUAAUUAUACAGUAGCUAAGGAGAACUACCAAUCUGCCCAAUAUCAACUCCAACAGGAUCCUCAUUCAGCUGUUCUUCAAAGAGAGGAAAGGUUAUCUUUUGAGACUUUCUCUAGCCAAUCUAAAUACUAUGAUAGCUACCUUCGACAGAAAAGCAAAAUUAACUGGCUUCGGUAUUGUGAUGAUAGCACGGCCUAUUUUCAUGCUUGCUUAAAACAGAGGAGGGCUACAAAUCAUAUUACCUCUUUUAUUAAUGAUGCAGGUCAGUUAAAUGAGAAGUUUGAGGAUGUAGUGGCUCAUUUUGUGAUUCAUUUUCGUAGCAUUAUGGGCAGUAAGAGUACAACUUUUGUUAUUAUUCAGAGGGAUUGUUUUAGUCAUGGAGGCAUUUUGUCUUUGGAUCAGCAGCUGAGAUUGAUAAAACCUUUCACCAAGAAGGAAGUGGAAGCUGCUAUGUUCAGUAUUAAUCCAAUUAAAAGCCCGGGUCCUGAUGGUUAUGGGUCGGGUUUCUUCAAAGUUAUGUGGAAAGAUUUGAGAGAAGAAAUUUCUGAUGCCAUAUUGGAUUUUUUGAUCAUGGUUUGCUUCCUGAUGAGAUUAACAGUGCAACUCUCUCUCUGA